AUGGCUUCCAAAGCUCAAUCCUCGGCCGCCGCCAUUUUUCUUUCUCUCAACCUCCUCUUCUUUGCCACCACCACCGCAACUCAAUACCCUGCUUUUCCCGGAUUCCCCGGCACUGGCACCGGAAUCGGUGGUGGUGGAGCCAACGGUGGCGGUGGAGGAAACGGUGGUGUCAACGGCGGAGGAGGAGCAGGACGAUGCCCGAGAGAUGCUUUAAAAUUGGGUGUAUGUGCAAAUUUAGUAGGCGGAUUGGUGGGGGCGGUGGUGGGUACUCCUCCGACAUUGCCAUGUUGCAGCUUGAUCGCCGGAUUGGCGGAUCUAGAGGCGGCGGUUUGCCUUUGCACCGCCAUUAGACUCAAUGUUCUUGGUAUUAAUCUGAAUGUGCCGCUUGCUCUUAGCCUGGUUAUCAAUAACUGUGGACGUCAACUUCCAAAUGCCUUUACUUGCUAA